ACCGAGCAAGAGGGGAAGCCAAACAGCUCUCUCUCUCUGUCUGUGUGUGUUCAGUUCAGUAAAAUCUGAUAAAGCGAUGACAGCCACAGUUGUUUGUGUAUAAAGCUGUUUGAAAACAAUCACCGCACAGGAAGAGCCGCGGAUCCGCCGGAUGACGGAGCGUCCACAGGAUGGCAGGAGUGUUCGACAUCGACUUGGAGACCGAGGACGUCAGUGACACGGAGGAUGACGUGUGUGACUUCACUUUGGCAGAACCAGAAAAUGUUCAGACGGAGGAGGUGGAGCUGACCAGCAAAAGCGUCAACAGGGACUGCGAGAGAGUCGGACCGGACUGCUUCGAGCUCCUUACAGUGCUGGGAAAGGGAGCUUAUGGCAAGGUUUUCCAGGUGAGGAAGGUUCAAGGGGCCCAGACGGGGAAGAUCUUUGCCAUGAAGGUCCUGAAAAAGGCAAAGAUAGUGUGUAACGCUAAAGACACGGCCCAUACGCGAGCGGAGCGGGAGAUCCUGGAGACGGUGAGGCACCCGUUCAUCGUGGAUCUGCUGUACGCCUUCCAGACCGGAGGAAAGCUUUACCUCAUUCUGGAGUGUCUGAGUGGAGGAGAGCUGUUCAUGCAGCUGGAGAAGGAAGGCAUCUUCAUGGAGGACACUGCCUGUUUCUAUCUCGGAGAAAUCACGCUGGCCCUCGGUCACCUCCACUCUAAUGGGAUCAUUUAUCGGGACCUGAAGCCUGAAAACAUCAUGCUCAAUCACCAAGGACACAUCAAGCUGACCGACUUCGGGCUCUGCAAGGAAUCAAUUCACGAUGGAACCGUCACGCACACCUUCUGCGGCACCAUAGAGUACAUGGCUCCAGAGAUCCUCACCAGGUCGGGUCACAACAGAGCGGUGGAUUGGUGGAGCCUCGGGGCGCUGAUGUACGAUAUGAUGACUGGAUCGCCUCCAUUCACAGCCGAAAACAGGAAGAAGACCAUCGAUAAGAUCUUGAAGUGUAAACUCAGCCUGCCCCCGUACCUGACAAUCGAUGCCAAAGACCUCAUCAAAAAGCUGUUGAAGAAGAACCCAGCCCAAAGGCUGGGCUCCAGUAAAGCAGACUGUGCUGAUAUCCAGAAACACCCGUUCUUUAAGCACAUUAACUGGGACGACCUGCUGCACAAGAGAGUGGAGCCACCGUAUAAGCCUCAGCUGCAGUCGGAUGAGGACGUGAGCCAGUUUGACACCAGGUUUACCAGACAGACGCCGGUGGACAGUCCCGAUGACACUUCGCUCGGCCACAGCGCCGAGCUCGCCUUUGCCGGAUUCACAUACGUGGCCCCAUCGGUCCUCGAGAGUCUAAAAGAAGGCUUCUCAUUCGAACCCCGCACACGAAACGUACGCCGACACAACAGCAGCCCCCGCACCCCCAUCAGUCCUUUAAAAUUUUCUCCUGCUGGGCCCUUCAAGUCCAGCGUUGACGGAGAGCCGGACCUUUUCUCGCCCACGUCUCCGCCGGCAGCCGCGGCUCCGGUUCCCGUGCCGCUGGAAAACGGAGCCGCCAGUCAGCCAAUCAAAACCCCCGCGAGGAACAAGAAGUCGAAAGGACAUCGGAGAUGAGGAGGCGCUCCUCGGAGAGCGAGCCUCGGUCAGAUUCAGGUUUUCUUUAGUAGAGCUGAGGGACAGAAGUUGAAGUGUUGUGAGUUUUGCUUUUCAGAGUGGUUUAACUCAGAGGUCCCCGAAAAGCCGGCGCCUUCACUUUGUCAUUAUUAACUUACAUCUCAUGCAGAUACAGCUGCUCCUGUCCAGCACUUCCUGUCUGCCAUUGUGACUGUCACCACGUAGGAGCCUCAGCUUUAUCAUUCAUCUCUAAGCUUUAGUUUACAGCAUAUCUGCAGUUGCAUUUCUGUCACACUGUGCCACUAAUAUCUGGGAAACAAGGAAUCUCAAUAGAAAGAGGGCCAUAGAGCCACUGAUUAUUCUUCACAAGGUCAGGCAGAUGACUGAUAGUAACCAAGUUUAAUCUUGUAUGACUAUUCUGGUGUGAUCUCAGCAAAGGGAAGCUGCGAUAUAAAGUUUUGAGGGGAUUAAUUAGGUCAUCAGCUUUUAAUUAGUUCAUCAGAGUUUGUGCAAAGAGGUCGGCUAUCACAGGCUGACGUUUUAAUUAGCGGGCUGAUGAACGAUCACAUGAUUGAAGGUAGAAAUUGACCUUCGGCCAUCGGGACAUCAGGUUUGUAGCUUCAGGCUAAAGCGGUGGGAUUAGGGUGGAACAAGAAAAUGUAUUCAUGAACGUCUGUGAGGAUCUCUGAGGACCUUCACGUUCACUGCCAAAGGUGUUCACACACAUGCUGUCGUCAUAUUUUACAGCCGGACCAAUCACACCGUAGCUGGGUGCACUUUAACGGGAGGGAAGGAGUUUAUUUAUUCAUCAAAUAGGAAAAUAGGAGCACGUGUUAAACGCAUUAAACUAUAGCCAUCAGUGCAAUGUACAGUCAAAGCAGCCUGCUGCACAUGGUGCUCUCAGAUGACAAACAACUUGUAUAAAAAGAAUAUUUUUGGGGUAAUCGAACAAAAUAUUUUUGCACGUGAAAUUGAGGUCAAAUAGCGUUAAUAAAAGGUGUUAUUGGCUGACUCGCCCAGUCACACAGUAAUUCAGCACUGAGUGGUUUCAGCUUUUUGGUCUUUCUUUUCCUCUUUUCUCUGAAAUAAUAAGAAAUCAGGUUUUAGUACCGGAGGAAAACAGCAGACCUGCAUGACUCUUAAAGGUGCUUGUUGUAAAUGCUUAUGUUCAAAAAAGCAUUUUAAAGCUUUCCAAAUGUAAACGGCUGCUAUGAUUGAAGUCCAAAGCCAUGUGCUUAAGUGAGAUCAACUGAAUCUGAAUUAGGACUGGGCCGUACCUUUGUGUAAUACCAGUCUGCACCACAAGAUGGUGCAGUGAGUCACUAUAAGCUUUAUUUAACCAGGGAAGUCAUUAAGACACAUAUGCAGUGGUGGACAAAGUACUCAACUCUCAUACUUAAGUAAAAGUACUGAUACUCGUAGUCAAAUCUUACUCAGCUACAAGUAAAAGUUGCUCAGUCAAAAGUUUACUCAAGUUAAAGUACUGAAGUACUUACUUUUGAAAAUACUCAAGUAUUCAAAAGUACAUGCAUUUAAAAAUACUCAAGUAUCCAAAAGUGCAAAUCGUAUUUUCUAAUAUCAGUACAUUGGGGUAUUGUUUUCAGUGCAUUUACAAAACCUUGUAACUUGCUGAAACCACCUGAUGGUGU